AUGGAGGGUGUCUGGAAUCAAUUGGUACCACGAGAUAAGAGACAUGAGGUCUUUGCUACAUCCUUGCUGGAGUGGAUUUAUCUGGAUCUUGGUGAUAACAGAAAUGUUGGGAACACUAUAUGGUCAACUCUCUUCGCUAUGAAUUUGUGGUGGAGAUGGAAAUGGAGGUGUAUUAACGUCUUUCAUGGCACAGGAAAGUAUAUGGACAGAGUUAAAAUUGUCAAGGACCAGGCAACAGAGCUCAACACGGACGACACAUCAAGAGGAAAUCCUGUCAUAGCGGCUUCAGGAGGAGUGAUUCGUAAUGCAAGUAGGUUGUGGUGUAGAAGCUUUGCGCUAAACAUUGGAACAUGCACAAGUCCAUUGGCGGAGCUAUGGGGUGUAUAUUAUGGUUUGUUGAUUGCGUGGGAGAGUAAGGCUCAUAGAGUAGAAGUCGAGGUGGAUUCAGAGAUGGUGGUUGGUUUUCUUAAGACAAGGAUCAAUGAGGUGCAUCCGCUAUCGUUCAUGGUCCGUGUGUGCCAUGGCUUUAUAUCAACUUUAUAUCAAGAGACUGGAAGUCUUUAUUUCUCAUGUAUAUAG